UCUUUGGUCAUUUUUCCAGCUUUGAAUUCCUGUGUACAUUACAAGCAUAUACUCUCUUACAUUUACUUUAAUAAUAUUAUUUCUGCAUUAACUCUCCGAGAAUGGCGCCACUAUCGCCAAGCGUGGCCGACUACGUGCAGUCAGCAAAGGCCGGUAUCGAGUCUAUAGAGCACAUAGACGACCUCAUUCGCGAGUACCUCUUGUUUCGCGGCUUCAAAAGCACGCUAAAGACACUGGAGGAGGACCUAGCGCGCGACCAGGACAAGGGCUUUAAGGCGGACAAAAUUGUCGACGACCUACUGACAAUGGCCACAGAGCUCAAAGUCGAAGAGCUCCUUUCAUAUUGGGAGUACCUCACCUUACGGUUCUUUUCGCACCUCAGCCCAAAGUACCACCGCACAACGAGGAUGUUUGAAAAGCGGCUGAUUCGGCUGUUCCUGGUUUCGGCCGUCAAUGCAGACAAGCGGCGGCGGAUCCGCGAGUUCAUGGAUGUGCACGGGCAUGUGCUCGGGCAGCAGGGCGGGGAUUGGAUUCCGUGGCUGGGGCUUGAGUAUGUGGAGAAGCCGAUGGGCCGACCCGAGUUCGAGGCGUACUUCAGCCCUGACUGGUAUACAAGUCUGCGCACCGCGCUGGUUGACUUUGUGCAAACCGUGUUUCCGGCAAUGGCAGUGCCGCGCAUUAUGCUGUUUGACAGGGAGCGCAGGGAAAGAGAGGUGCUGCAGCGCAGGAUAAAACUCUACGAGGACCAGCUUAACGGCGAGACCAGGAUAAAGUCGCUCGAGCACAUAGCUAGCGGCUCGGGGCUUGUCGAGGACCACAUUGGCAGCGUGGAUAUGGUCAAAAGCCCUGUCAUGCAGGCUGCAGAAACUGUGGUUGUCCCCAGGGAGUCUUUGGACAUUGGCCAGCCCAUCGGCAUUAUCCAGACGAACGAGCCGGUCAGUUUGCUCAAGAUCAGCCGCGAGGACAUUUUCCUUGAGCACAAUUCUGGGAUCAGCCUGGCCAAGUUUUCGGUGACUGGCGAUCUCAUUGCCAGCUACGACGACGAAUCCAUACUGAAGGUCUGGUCGCCCGAGCCUUUGUCUGCGGCAGCCAGACUGAAAAACGAGCUGAACUUUACCGUCAACGCGAUGGCAUGGGACAAGAAGCAUGCGCACCUACUGUAUCUGUACGACGAGGACGGCUACAUCCACACGCUCAACACCAACACAAACCUGAUGAGCCGCCAGCUGGUAUUCGAGAAGAAGCACCCGUGGAUCCAGGCUAUGCUGGCGAGCUCGGUCAGCUCGGCGCUGCUGACGGUCAACUCGGCCAAGCCUGAGGGCACAUCGGACGUGCUGCUGCAGAUCUGGGACGCAAGCUCCAGCAAAACCCUGGGCACCAAAAGACUCAGCGGCGGUGUGGACUCGCAGGGAAUCAGCGCGGCGCUCAAUCACAACGGGUACCUGGCUGCGCUGGCGUACAACACCGGCCAUGUGCGCGUACUGGACACGCGGAGCAUGGAGACGGUUGCCAAGCUGGACACCAAGCGCAAGGACCUGUGCGCAAUCGAGUUCAGCCUCAACGAGGACUCACUAAUGGCGGUCACCGAGGAGGGCAGGCUGACGCAGUGGUCGCUGCGGAAGAAUAACCAGAUGCUCGCCGAGUCCAGUCUGGGCAUUGCUGCGGGCUCUGAGGGCGGAGCUGCUGCUGCUGCUGCUGCCGACUCGCGCUUGGACUGUGACCGUGUGGUUUUUACGCCUGAUAGAGAGAACAUUGUCGUUGCUCCUCGCGAACAAUGCCUCGUGUUCAAUGUUGAUUCGGCUGUGCUCACUGAUGCCACACGGCGGCACAAGGAUUUGAUUUCAUGCAUUGAUUUUGCCGCCGAGCGGUCGCUGUCUGCGAGUGAGGACGGCACUAUCCGUGUCGCGCAAUACCGCAAGGUCUGAAAAAAAAUUAUUUUUAGUUAGUGUAUUUUUACACUAUCGCUUGUAAUUAUUUUUAUAAAAAAGGUCUUGGCAGAAAGACCAAGCUGCGGUUUUGUGUGUUCUUUAAGGCUUUGUGGCCUGUUGAACUUUGACACAUUCUCGGCGCCGUACGAGCGAUAUCUCGGCGCAAGGGCGCCUUUGGGGGGUGGGCGAGAGGCAGGGAGAGUGCGGUGAUGGGGCCUUUUGGGGUGGCGGCAAGCCGGCAACGUGACGUCGUGCGAGAAGGCAAAGCGCAUGUGACGCGCCGAUGUGCGAUUGUAAAGGGAAGAUGCGAGCGACGAACAUUGCAGAGAAAAACGAAGCGUAUAAUAUUUUUGCCCGCUUUUCCUCCCCUCC